AGGAUAAAAGUGAGCUGCGCAGUGUCAACACUCAGGAAACUAAAGCGCUGCAGGGACGUGACACUCUUCAUUAAACGCGUAUUUAAAAGGUUGGUUCGUUGGCUUUAGAGCAGCGGCCGAGUCAGAAUGCCUUUCCUUGGACAGGAUUGGAGGUCACCGGGUCAGAACUGGGUCAAGACCGAAGAUGGGUGGAAAAGGACAGCAGCAGACGGCAGAAACAGCAACAACGUCUCCGCGGAGAGCUUCUGCAAAGUCAAAGAGGCAGAGAGCUUCAACAAGGAGAACCUGCUGUUCUCCCUCAGCUAUGAUAUGGCUGCCAGAAAGAGGAAGAAAGACCUGAUGAACAACAACAGCAAGAUCCCUUAUUUCCACAGGGAGAAGUGGAUUUAUGUUCAUAAAGGAAGCACCAAGGAGCGCCAUGGUUAUUGUACACUCGGCGAGGCCUUCAACCGCUUGGAUUUCUGCAGCGCCAUCAAGGACACCAGGAGAUUUAAUUACGUUGUCAGACUGCUAGAGCUUAUCGCCAAGUCCCAGCUCCCCUCGCUCAGCGGAGUGGCGCAGAAGAACUACAUGAAUAUUCUGGAGAGGGUUGUUCAGAAAGUCCUGGAUGACCAGCAGAACGUCCGUCCCAUCAAAGAGCUGCUGCAGAUGCUCUACGUCUCGCUGUGCGGUCUGGUUCAGGACAUGGGCAAGUCCGUCCUGGUGGGGAACAUCAACAUCUGGGUGCACCGCAUGGAGAACAUCCUGCAGUGGCAGCAGCAGCUGGACAGCAUCCAGAUCAACAGGCCCACGUCCACGGGCAUGGCUCUGACCGAGCUGCCAGCCAGCCUGCAGCUGAACAUCAUGCAGCGUCUGUCGGACGGCAGGGACCUGGUCAGUUUGGGACAGGUGUGUCCAGAGCUCGGGAGCCUUGCUGAGGACCGCCUGCUGUGGAAGAAACUCUGUCAGUACCACUUCACAGACCGACAGAUCUGCAAACGUCUGAUGUUGUCGGAUAAAGGCCACCUGGAGUGGAAGAAGAUGUACUUCAAGCUGAGCCGCUGCUAUCCUCUCAGAGAGCAGUACAGCGACACGCUGCACCUCUGCACACACUGCCACAUCCUUUUCUGGAAGGACACGAAUCACCCCUGCACAGCCAACAACCCAGAGAGCUGCACCACCGCCCUCUCCCCUCAAGACUUCAUCAAUCUGUUCAACUUCUGACGCCUCGGCCCCAGAUGAGCUGCUGUACAUAUGGAUGUUGAUGUUUCUGUCCCAGGAAGGUCCUGGAUGUAGGUUUAGUCUUGGUGUGACGCAGGCGGUAGGACGAGGAUGCAAUUUUCGAACGUCUGUGAAGGGUUCACCUGUGAAAGGGACUGAAUGUGGUGAAAGGGAUGCAGGUGUGUGCGUUUAGUCUUCGGUGUGGUUUCUGAAGCCACUCCUCUGUUUUCCUCCUGUUAGGAGGUUUUUAUUUUGACUUUAGAGGCGAGGAAGAUGAAGUUGAUGGGAUUAAAUUGCAGAGCGAGGCCUGCACACACGGGGAGGUGCAAUAUGUUUAAUGUACAUAUUUUAUUUUAUUUUAUUUUUCGUGUUCUGGGAUGGCCGAGAGGCUCCUGUUAAGCUGCAGAAGUAACCCAGAUGGAGGAUCUGAUGUUCUGACUUCUGUUAUUUUUUAUCACUUUUAUAUGGAUUUGAUAAUUUUUUUAACCAUUUUCUUUCUAUGGCUGUAAUUACAGCAGCACCUGUGUGUAUUAUUAUUACCAAAGAUUUGUAAUGAGAGCCAGCAUAAGCACGGUGUAUUGUGAGACUUAAAACAAUCCUGGUACCAUCUGUGUCUUGCUGCCACCCGUUUAACUCGGAUGCAGUUUUUUUCCUUCAUAAUUACAACGAAGUGUCUGAUUUACACUUUUCCAGGCUGCUGGAAGCAACGUGUUUCUGUAAAAGCCUCCUGCAUAUUUUUUUACACACCCAGCUGAUUGUUUACGUAUUUCUUGGAACUUUAGACAAAUGGUUGAAUUUGUUUGGGAGCAACGGGGUCCAGCUUGCCUGGAUCGGCUCAGAUGCUGCUGUCUGUACGUCCCCACUAUGCAGUCUGUCUGUUUGGUUUAAUAAAUAAAACAAAAUAUUCUAAAA